CAUGGUUGCAACAUGCUUCGAGAAAUUCCAGAACUUCCACUUAAGUUGGAGUGGGUCAAUGCUAGGGACUGUGUAUCACUAGAAAGAUUUUCAAGGUUAUCAAACAUCUUGGAACGGAAAGAGUGCAAAAUGAUUUGUCGAAUGGACUUGUCCAACUGUCAUAGACUGUAUAGCAAUCUGGCUCAUGACGUGGCAAAGAAGAAAAAUAUCAUACAUAAUGAGGUGGAGUCUCUGUGCUCUUUGUUUCUCAUUUAUCAGCAGUAUGGAUUCAGAGUUGUGUUUUCAGGAAGUGAAGUUCCCAAGUGGUUCCACUGUAAACAAGAUGUGAAGGAUAUGAACUUCUCAUGGCAAUACGCUACCUCAUUUGGAUUCUUUGCUGUUGGGAAUUAUGAAUUUUAUUUUAAAAUCCUUCAAAAUCUCAACUGGUUUAACACAGGAUUGGCUUUCUGUGGUGUUGUUGCUUACACACAGAAUACAAUUGGUAGUAGUUUCCUGACAGCUAGGGUUCGCAUCAAUGAGGACAUUAUUGAGCAUCAGAUUCAACUUCAUUCAACAGAGAUAGAGUCAGAUGAAGUGUGGUUGCACUACACCCUCUUCUCUACAAUAUUUCUCAAUGGUGGAUAUUCUUGGCCACAUUUAUGGGAUCAGGUGUUUGCUGCACCUGUGAACUGUCGAGUUAGUCUUGAAUAUUGCAGCAGAAGUCAUAUGCGCUUCAAAAGCUUUGGAGUCCACCUAGUAACACCACAUCAUGAAGACACAGUCUCUGUAGAGGAAGUCCAUGAAGAUGUCGGUACAUCUGCAGGCAUCAUGAAUGAACAUAAUGAUGAUGGCAAUGUUGGCAAUAUUGAAGACUUAAAAGAUGAGGGUUUCUUCUUGAAAAAUGAUGAAGAACAUCAUUUGGAACCUCCUGAAAUCCUCGAAAGAGGAAGACCUGCCAAUUUUGGUACUCAUUUCAGAGAUAAAUAUCAUCUCAGGUCUGAUAUAAAAUACUUGAACAGUAAAACAAAGGGAGCAAGGGUAUGACAAUAGUGAAAAAGAAUCUGCAGUAAGCUUGCCAAGGGAAAAUGCUUUGUGUCAAAUUGUGAAUAAGCUCCCUACUGAGCUAGCCAUAUGAUAUUCACUUGUUGGGAUCUUGUGCAUCCAGUAAACCAGUAAAAGAGGCCAUAUUAUGUAGAGUCCAUUCAUCGGAACUGGGAGAUGACAAUGGAAUGAAGUGUGUUGUAAACACUACAAUGAAUGAACAUAAAGACAUAAAAAUGAAGGUUGCCAUGUACGUGGAUAUAUUUUUACAAUGCUGAGCUUUAAACACAAAUAGAGGUAAAUUAGCAGGUUUGUUAAAGAAUACUCCCAAUUGCAGAAUGGCUCUUUUGAUGUUUUGGAGGCGUCAAGCUUAAUUAGCCUGUUGUUUAUUCAUUAAUCCUGGCCUUAUUUCUGCUUCAUGGUGCGGGCAACUUGUGUAAAGCGUAUUUGAGUAGUGUAUUUGAGUGCAGACCUUAUCGAUCACAGGCCUAAUUUAGUCGCAUCUCAUGUUUUUGUUUUGUUUUUUAGCUUUCAAUUAGCCAUACGGUAUGUUAAGCAUCGAUCAUUGGGAUGUUAAUGAUAUUGCAUCCAUGGAACCCAUUGAUCAGAGCAUAGUAAGCAACGAUGAAUGAUUGAAAUUCUUCUCUUUACUGUUGUAGGCAUGACAUUUCAGUAUCGGUAUAUGUAAUUUACAAACACAUAUAGGAGGCUUGUUAUU